AAUUAUUUUGUAAUUGUUCGAUGAUUCUUAUUAGACUGAACCACCAUCCCUCACCCUAAAUUUUUUUCAUAAAAAAAAGGCUAUGAUAUGAUUUUUCUUGUUUUAAAGAAAUGCAAAAAGCAUAACUUUACCAAAGACCUCAAAAGGGGUGGGUUGAAACUAGUCAAAGCAAAAAAAGUCUCAAGAACUUCAUAGAUUGUCAACAGCAGUACAAAACAAACAUACCUUCAUGUAAUCAUCUUUUCUUGGUAACCAUUAUGGUUGAAAAUAACAUUUACUGACGCAAAUAAAAAGGGACAGUGUAUUUAUGAGUUUGGAGUUGAUAUAACUGAGUGAUGCUAAUUUGGGUUUUCAACCACAAAACUUUCUGCUUUCCAAAUAACUUGUCUGUGUGAGAAGUCUCAUUUCAUCAUAGAGGAGAUUCUCCUGCUUGUAAAGCACAGUUUUGGUGUAUUCAUGGACAUAAUUUAAGCCAAAUCUGACUCUAACAUGCAUGAAACAAAGUGGCACCAAUCUGAUUUCAAGCAAUUCAAGUUCAAGGAAACACCGGUUUCAAUAAUUUCGAGUCACGAGUGCUCCAACAGUGAAACAAUGGAAAGGGGAGUAAUGGAAGAUGAAUAUGUGAACAUCGGUGAAGCUUCUUAUCAAUCUAAAGUGGCCGCAAAGGAUCUGAUUAAGGAAAUUGGAAUAUUAGAAUUAGAAGUCAUGUAUUUGGAACAAUAUCUGCUCUCUUUGUAUCGAAAGAGAUUUGAUGAACACAUUUCAUUUCUAUCAACCAAAGAAAGAAGAUUGGAAUUAGCUUCACGCGUUAACAAAGGAACUUCUGUAGUACCUGUCAGUGGUGCUAUCUCUGAAAAAGAAAUUUCAGUUCCACGCUUAAGUAGUAACUUAGGUGGUUUUCAACUCAAGGAAUGCAGGAACCAUUUAGAACCAGAAUCUGUUUUAGAUUCUGGUAUUCAUCGGUGUUACUCUGCAUUAUCUCAACAGACAGCUUGCUCAAUUGAAGCUUCUCCUGAGAACAUUAAGACCAAAGCAGCAGAGUCUUACCAUUCUUUACCAUUAUCCAUGCUAGAGCAAGCUCAGUGUGCUAAAUCCAUCUCAACUAGCCUGGCAGAACAACUUGGGAAUAGCUACAUUGAUAAUGUUCCAGAGACACCAAAUUGGCUUUCUGAGGAGAUGAUCAAAUGCAUAUCAGCGAUAUAUUGUGAACUUACAGAGUCACCUUUUCCUUGUCAUAAAGAUGCUUCAUCCCCUAUUCCAUUCUCAUCACCUGGUUAUGAGGUAUCUUCAAAGAUCCAGGGGAGUAAAUGGGGAUCACAUUGGAAGAAGCAUUCAUUAUUCAAUUUAAACUCUACUAACCCUUUGCAUGUCAAAGGGUCAAAAAAAUUUAGUGGACCUUACUGUUCAAUGAUAAGGAUCCAGAAAUUAUGCACAGAUAAUCAGAAAUUAAAAGAAAUUGAGUAUAUGCUACGCAGAUUUAGGUCACUUGUUUCUCGACUGGAACAAAUUAAUCCUAGAAAUAUGAAACACAAAGAAAAGCUAGCUUUUUGGAUUAAUGUGCACAAUGCCUUAGUAAUGCAUGCCAUGUUAGUAUAUGGAAUUUCAGCCAACAAUGUCAAAAGAAUGUCUUCAGUACUUAAAGCUGCAUAUGACAUUGGAGGUCAUACUGUAAGUGUAGAAAUGAUACAGAACUUCAUUCUAGGAUGCAGAUUGCCUCGUCCAGGACAAUGGAUGCGACUGUGGUUUCCUUCUAAGACAAAACCAAAGGUCGGAGACGCAAGAAAAGGAUAUGCUAUACGUCAUCCAGAACCUUUAUUAUUCUUUGCUCUUAGCACAGGAAGCCAUUCUGAUCCUGCGGUACGUCUGUACACAUCCAAGAGAGUCUUGGAGGAGCUACAAUCUGCAAAAGAAGAGUACAUUCAGUCCAACAUCUCUAUAACCAAGGAACAUAAAAUAAUUAUCCCAAAGAUAGUUGAUUCCUUUGCAAAAAGUUCAUGUCUAGGAACAUCUGAUUUGGUGGAGAUGGUUAAGCCUUAUCUACCUGAGUCUCAAAGGAAGAACAUCCAAGAGUUUCAAUCAAAGACAAGCUGGAAAGGAAUUGAAUUAACCCCUCAUGACUUCACUUUCCAUUACCUGCUUUCAAAGGAAUUAGCUUGGUAAUGGCAUGCCUUGGUACAAUACAUGAAUUUGUGUGGAUAGCAUAAGUGUCUGUCUAGCUAUAUCUAUACUAGACUUAUAUUUGAUGGUAAGCACCGGUGUAAUGUGCAAGAAGGAAAUGUUUCUGCCUCAAAGUAUAACUGGUGAAUAAUAAUUGUCUGCCUUGUAUCUAUGAAAAUAUUAAAAACAGAAUGGCAACACUUUAGGUGAGGGCAGGGAGCAAAGUCUUAUGUUACAAAGGAUAGCAAGCAACAAUUUGGAAAAUUUGGGAGCCUGGACUUCAUUACUCUUAUUAAAUUUUAGGAGCUUAGAUUUAAGUAUUUUACUAUUGCUAAAUUGUUUUGAGAGUUUCUUCUCCCACCCCCCAAUGCUCUCCGGAUUGGCCAAUCCGAAGGUGUAUAUUGACAAAAAACACAUCCACAUUGGCUAAUCCGGAGGUGUAUUUUGGAGGCUUUUGAGAACAUAGGGCGGUGGAAAAAGAAACUACCAAUUGUUUUUCACUUAAUGGAUGUAUAUUCUAUGCCUUAACAUCUAUUUUGGCCAAUUGAUCAAUUUUAAACACUGUUUUACUGUGCGUCUGCUCAGCGGAAA